GUCCACAGCUCUUCGUUUAAAGGAGUGAAAUUGAGUUGAGAGUCACAGCAGCCCGGUGAACGCUCGUGGUAGGGAAUAGAAGUAGUAAGGGGCCUGAAAGGAAGCCCGAUGGAAGGUCGGCACUGGAAGAAGAAAUGUAAGAAAGAACGGAACGCAUCUAAAUGCCGGACUGUUCAACGUCGUUCUGUGAAGGGUACCGGCGAGGACGGGGGUGAAGAGAGCAGUGUUGGAACCAGGCUGGUGUCUCAAUCAGCCAAGCAGGUUGGGGCAUCUUGGACCCCUGUGGGUGGAGGAUAGAGCUAGCAAUGGCUGUGAACUAUCCUCGAAAUGAAAACAAAACUCCUGAAAUUAUAAACUCUUAUCAAAUAUCAAAAUUAUAUUUGAUAAAUAGCAUACAGUCAUUAUGAAGGUAUAGUAAACUAUCGGAUAUAUAAUAAUAUUUUUCCUUCUAUUUCCAGAAAAAUUAUAACUUUUCAUAAUUUCGUAGAAUUUCUUAGAAUUUUCUAAUUCUAGCUAGAAACCUGUUGACUUUUUGUUAUUUUACUAAACAGUCUAGAAAAUUUCAUCUCUUAUUUCAGCAUGAAUCGCAUAGUUUACAAAUUUCGUAAGGUAAGAAAUUCCUUGACAUGAAAUUUAUUUAUGACAGUGUUCAAACUUUUGGUUUUAAUCAGGGCUUAAAUCUAUCGGUAAUCCUUUCGGUCCCGGGCCAGUAACCAAUGGUGGGGGGAAAAGAGCGACGCGCGCAGCUUCUCGGCGCAGCGGGGCAGGCCGUCACAACUCAAUCUAGUGUCUCGGUGACCGUGCGUUUGUGAGUUUCUAUUUUCUUCUCUUUCCGUAUAGUGCGUUAUAAUUCUUGACACGGAAUCGCAGUUUUCAUUGGUGGAUUAGAUUGUAUCUGGGAUCCUAUAUUUUCAUCUCUCUAGGCUACUAAAACAAUGUGAUUGUUUGUAAGGUUUGUACCUUAAUAUCUGUUUGUAUUAUCUUAGUAAACAAUAUUAUUUCCUACGUAUCGAAUGUGUUUAUAAAGACAUUUCUCAGUAAUUCUUUAUGUAGAUAUAUAUCGAUGCUUGUUUGUUUAUUCAAUCUCUAAAAGCGAAUACACGAUAGAUUAAUUAAACUUUCAUUUUAUGUAUUUGAUAAAAUUCUUUGAAGUUUUUAGUAUUUAAUAAAGUUGUUGAUGCUGGAAAUACUAAAAAAGCAUUUUUAUUUUGAUGACAGAUAUCAAAUAUAAACAAGAUUAAUGUUAAAAUUGAUUAUCGCCAGUAAGAGAUGAAAUUUAAAUUGUAAUGUUGAUUGUUUCUGUACGUUGCAUUUUAUUACAGUUCGUAAUAGACGACAAUAUUUUAAUUCUUUAAAAAUACAAAACACAACUUAACUUAAAGUAAAUCCAUUAAAUUGGUAAGAAAGUAUCAUUAUAAUUUGCAUCUUUAUAGAGAUGUCAACUAACUAAAUUCAUAUCAUAUUCAUAUUUAAUAUUUACUUGGUAUCAUAUUUUAAGAGUCGUGAAUAAUAUAAUAUCGAGUAAUACAUAAUUUAAAUACAAAAUAAAUAAAAGUAUAUCUAUAAAUUAAUAAAGAAAUAUUUUUCAAUAAACAACAUAGCUAAGAAUUUAUAAUGAAAUAAAAUUUUUCAUUGAAUAUUCUGUAUUAAUAUUUUACCAGAUAAUAUAACAAUCGUCACUACAUAUGCAAUAAUAUAUUUAUUAGCCAAAACAUUGACAAAAAUAAAUUUGAGAAAAUCACAACAAUCUGCAUUCUUAAUAUAAUUAAUUAUAGAAAACAAAUAAAAGUAUAAUUAUAGUUUACGAUUGUCAUGUUAAUGUGAUUUUAUAAUUUAACUUUUGUUCUCUACUAAACUAACCGCGCCGAUUAAAACAUCGAUAUAGAUUGAUAAUUUUGCACAAGUAUGUAACAAUGUAUACAUUACGCUUCUGAAUGCACUGAAUGUGAUUACUGAUAAAAGAAAAGAAAAAGGAAGGUAUGCGUCUUUAUUAAGCUAAUAUAAUAUGAUAUAAUAUAAUAUAAUAAUUAAUAUACAUAAUGUGUUAUAAUAUACUAAUACACAUAAUUGUAUUUAUUAAACAAAAGAUUGUAUUUCUAUUUACUUAGAAUAAAUUAUAUAUCUAAAAUACGGCUUUCGUUAUAGCAAACGUUGAACUUGAUUUUAAAGAGUAGGAAAUUUGUAAAAAGAACUCGGCAAUAUAUAAUUACCGACCAAAUCUUAUUUUUUUACUUUUUUUUUUUUUUUUUUUUUCAUAAAGACAAUCAAUUAUCAUUUAACGUUAAAAUUGACGAUGACUAAAAUAUUAUAUUUGCACCGAAGAAAACAAAGUGGAAGUAUAUAUGAAAAUAUACAUAAUACAAAGGAAGAGAUAAGUUGAUAUUGUCUAUAAAGAGUCAAAGAAAAUUCUUCGAAAUGCGCUACUGCAGAUCUAUCAAAUCUCUCUAAAGAAAACAAUUGAUUAUUUUGAUCAUUUUAAUAAUCCUAAUAAUGCCAGUCAUUGAUAAGUGUUGAACAGUAUUCUAUCUCGUAUGAAUAGUUGCGCCUCGUAACCUGUAUUUGUUUAAGCAUUAUUUCUUAGUGUGGAACAAAUCUCUUCUGAAUAUCGUCACGAUCACCAUCGACUUAACGGCUUAAUCGAAUGAGAUCACCAGAAUCAUAAGCAUUGAUUGAAUAUUCCCAAGAGCAACGAUUAAAUUACCAUGUACCCUAAUUGUAACUGUUUCAACAUCUCUUUCCCUUGGUGCGUGUUUCAUUCGAAACGAGAUUUAAACUUGAGUGUAAAGUAAAGUUGAUGAUCACUGAAGGUCUAUAGGGCUGGCCAUCUGUCCCUCGUUGCCACGUCUGCAACGUCUUGGUGGUCCAUUUUGGGGCUGGUGCGCAACAGCAUCGGCACUAGCGCUGGCAAUGAAGCGCUCACAGGUAGAAUCUACCCCCUCUCUUUCUCUCACUAUGUAUGCGCGCUCCCGCACGUGCUCUCUUUCAUCCCCUUCUCUUUGCUGUACUCUGCUUUUUUACUGGUAACAGUUGAGAAUAGUAGAGAGAGAGAGAGAGAGAGAGAGGGAGAGAGGGAGGGAGGCAGAGUAGUAAAGUUGGAGAACAUUCAACUGCGUUGUUCUGGUAGAACUUCUAACAGUGGUCCUUUCUGUCUUCUCUACUGAUUGAUUGGAUACAUUGAAAAUUAAAACACAUAGAUUUGUGUACAGUGUGUCCCAGCGAGUGUGAUGUAAUCGGCGAUAGAGUGAUUCUACGUGAAAAAAUAUGAGACUUCGUUUUCGAGAAAAUCUAAUUUGAAAUUUUGUCAAGUAUACUUGGCUAAUUACAGACUAGAGACACGUAAAGUAUCAGCAUGUUAUGGAGCAAGAUGGGACUGGAUAAGUGAGUGAGUGAAUUUUGUCAACAAUGUCCGACCAAGAGACGUUAUGCCAUGGUCAUCCCAGAGGUAACGGUCGACUAAAAACGGAAGAGAAGCAAUCAACAUGGAAAACAGAAAUUUUAACUUCUUCGCCGUAUAGAAAGAUGUCACGUUGGUUCGAUCAAUCGAGCAUACUCCUGAUGAGUGUGAUGUUGUUUAAUACAGUAAUGUGGAAUACAGCGAAAAGUUCGAUAAUGAAGUGUGAGGAAGCAAAAUUAAAAUGCGCCUUCAGAACAGGCUGUGGCGCAGCUCUGCAACAUUAUCUCACGGGUUGUGCACCCGUUCUCCAAGGGAAUGAUUGUUCCGAAACCUGCCAACAUGCCCUUAUUGCUCUUACAAGCACCGAUGAGGGCAAAGAACUUAUGACAUGUGAAUGUGAGGAUGAAUUAUGUUCGGAGUCGAAACAAAGAGUAGAAAUAUGUAGAUCGUCUGUAACAAUGGCAAUGAAUAGGACAAGGGUGUCCUGCAGAAUAGCAACUUGGAUUUGUAAUGCAGACGCUCUUUGCCAAACUGCGCUUACAUAUUACAAUAAAUAUUGCAAGAGUAUGUUUCAAGGACGAAAGUGUACUAGACGAUGUAGAAAUUCGAUAAAUAUCUUAACAAGACAAGAAAAGGCUGCAAAAUUGAAUACAUGUCAGUGUGAUGGUUUUGAAGAAUACGAUUGCAAAGGAAUUCAUAGAAAUAUGAAUCUUUUAUGUUUUGGAAAAACACAUCAUGGUUACCGUGAUGUUAAUGUCGAGGAUGAUAGGGAAAGUGAAUUUCUAACACCAAACAUGAGUCUUAGAGGAAACGGUGUUCAAAUAUUAAUGGACAGAGAAUUACUUUUACUUUCUUUAUUGAUUUAUCACAUACUUAAAGCGAGACAAGACUGAUGAUUAGAAAGAAUCCAGAAAGAUCUCCAAAAAGCAACAGUAUUCCAUGAAACCAAUAACCAAAGAUCUUUAUCAACAUUCUUAAUCAAUAUUUGAACAAUUUGAUACUGGUAUUAGUGGAUUACUUUUUCAAUAUGAUAAAUAAUUUAACAGCAUGACCAACGAAUGCAUAACUUACGAAAUAUUUUUCCAUGGGUUUAUUAUCAAAUUUGCACAAAUGGAAAAAACGGAGAGGAAGAAGCCUUGUACAGUAAAAAUAUUGUAUAGUGAUUGUAUUAUAGUAUCUAUAAUUGAAUAAUUCGUUGCAAGUAUUUAGUUAUAAAUCAGUUUUAUUUAUGAAGAUAUAAUUAUGUAAAUAUCUACAUACCGAAAUACGCGAACAUUGUUUUUCCCUCUCUCUCUCUCUCUCUCUCUCUCUCUCUCUCUCUCUCUCUCUCUUUUUUUUACCAGAUUUAUAUUCUCGAAAAUUCUUCUCUUGUAGAAAAAUAUUUCCUUAAAAGGACCUCCAACGCAAAUAUAUUACAUUUAUUUUGGAAAAAAUAUGAUUAUUAACAUUUAUUCUACUAAGAAAAUAUGAAGAUAAUAAAACAAUUCUGUCGUAAAUUGUUUUCCGAAAAGAAGGACCGAAGUGAAAUUAAUGUAAAGAGAAUAAUGUUCUUUAAGAACAACAAAUUUUCCGGAUACGUACGGUAUAUUGUUAUAUUUAUGCGUGUUUGAGCGUGUGUAAAUGUUUUUAUACUAUUUUUAGAUAUUUGUUUUUAUAUCUAAUAAUGAUGAUUUGUUAAAACAUCGUUAAUAAAAGCAUAAUUGAAGUUCGAA